UUAAUAACUAAAGUCAUAAUCUCUAAAUUAAGCUAGCAAAACCCUUAUCCUAGCUAGCAAAGUCAACUGUCAUUAUAGUUAAUAAUUAAUAUUAGCUAGCAUGUCGACACCCUCCUCCGUCCAGGAAAUCCGAAAGGCUCAACGGGCCGAUGGACCGGCCGCCGUGCUGGCCAUCGGCACCGCAAACCCGCCCAACUACUUCUUCCAGACGGAUUAUCCUGACUUCUACUUCCACAUCACCAACAGCGACCACAAGACUGAACUCAAGGACAAGUUUACACGCAUGUGUGAGAAAGCAAUGAUAAGGAAACGUCACAUGUACUUAACAGAAGAAAUUCUUAAGGAAAACCCAAAGAUGUGCGAGUUCAUGGCGCCGUCACUGGACGCCCGGCAAGACAUAGUGGUGGUUGAGAUACCGAAGCUUGGCAAAGAGGCGGCUGUCAAAGCCUUAAAGGAGUGGGGCCAGCCAAAGUCAAAGAUCACUCAUCUCAUCGUCUGCACAACCUCCGGCGUCGACAUGCCCGGCGCUGACUACCAGAUAACCAAGCUCCUCGGCCUCCGCCCCUCCGUCAAGCGCUUCAUGUUGUACCAGCAGGGCUGCUUCGCCGGCGGCGCCGUCCUCCGCCUUGCCAAGGACUUGGCCGAGAACAACAAGGGCGCCCGCGUCCUCGUCGUCUGCUCCGAGAUCACAGCCGUCACCUUCCGCGGGCCCUCCGAGCUCCACCUGGACUCUAUGGUCGGCCAGGCCCUCUUCGGUGACGGUGCCGCCGCCGUCAUUGUUGGAGCCGAACCGGACUUGUCGAUCGAAAGGCCGAUCUUUGAGCUAGUGUCGGCAGCGCAGACGAUACUUCCGGACUCGGAGGGGGCAAUUGACGGGCACUUGAGGGAAAUAGGGCUGACGUUUCAUCUGCUGAAGGACGUACCUCUGUUGAUAUCAAAGAACAUAGAGAAGAGUCUGGAGGAAGCAUUCACUCCGAUCGGGAUCAGCGACUGGAACUCCAUAUUUUGGAUAGCGCAUCCGGGAGGGCCGGCGAUUCUUGACCAGGUGGAAGCGAAGGUGGGGCUGCACAAGGAGAAGCUGAGGGCCACUCGCGAGAUGUUGCGCGAGUAUGGAAACAUGUCCAGCGCCUCUGUACUCUUCAUAUUGGAUGAGAUGAGGAAGAAGUCGGCGGAGGAAGGGAAGUCAACCACCGGAGAAGGCCUCGAUUGGGGAGUCCUCUUUGGCUUCGGCCCGGGCUUGACCGUAGAGACGGUCGUGCUCCACAGCCUUCCCAUCAAUAAUUAAUUAAUCGAUCCAUGGUAUAAUUACAUGAUCUGUGACAGAUCAGAAAGAUAAAGAAAGCUACAUUUUUUUUUAUUUUAUUUUCCUUUUUAAUGUCAUACGUGUUUCAACAAUAAGUACACCCCACGGCUAGUUUGAUAAUAGAUCCAAGACAGAUCUACGUGCAGUGUUAGAAGGUAAUUAAUAAUAUUUUGAUGAAGGCGCUUGUAAUAAUUUAAGUUGUUAUAUUGGAAUAAUUGGCAAUAUUCAAAAUAUUCAUAUCAUGAAAUGGCGCUUGCUGUCAUUAAUUAAGAGAAGAGGGUCAACCAUCGGGUGUUUGUCUUUUUCUCCUUUUGUUUUUAUUCUUAUUUUUAUUUUUUUUCCAAAUCAGGAGUGCCGUCAUUUUGUCUCCUAAGAAGACUUGUAUAAA